UUGCCCAGUUUUGAUUGGUCACGACAUACACCUAAAGAGAAGUUUCCUUUUCUCUCUCUAACCCUCUUUAUCUCUCCUUUUCUCCUUUCCUUUCUCUGCAUCACUCUCUUCUCUCUGUAUCUCUCUUUAUUGCAUUCACUUGUUUUCUCUCUCUUUUUAUUUCUCUCCCUCUUUUUCCCUCUCUCUUUCAUUUUCUCUCUCUUUAACACCUUUGUCUUUCUUUUUCUCCUUUCCAUUCCUAUGUUUGCACUGUUCUUUUCCCAUUCUCUUUUUCUCUCUUUCUCUUCCCCCCUCUCUUUCACUUCUCUCUAUUUCUCUCUAUAUCUUUCUUUCUAUUCUUUCCUUUCACUGCACCACUCUUUUCCAUUUAGUCUUUUUUUCUCUUUAUUGCAUUUCUCUCUCAUUUAUUUUUUUUUCUUUCUUCCCCCCUCUAUCUUUCAUUUUUCUCUCUCUCUCUAUUUCUCUCUUUGUCUUUCUUUCUAUCCUUUCCCUCUUUGCACCACUCUUUUCCCCUCUGUAACUCUCUUUAUUGCACUGAAUCAUUUAGUCUUUCUUUCUCUUCCCCCUCUAUCUUUCAUUUCUCUCUCUAUAUAUAUUUAUUUCUCUCUUUGUCUUUCUCUUCCCCCUCUAUCUUUCAUUUCUCUCUCUAUUUGUCUCCCUGUCUUUCUUUCUAUCCUUUUCCUCUUUGCACCACUCUUUUCCCUCUGUAACUCUCUUUAUUGCACUGAAUCAUUUAGUCUUUCUUUCUCUUCCCCCCUCUAUCUUUCAUUUCUCUCUCUCUCUUUCUCUGUGUCUCUCUUUGUCUUUCUUUCUAUCCUUUCCUUUCUUUGCACCACGCUUUUACCUCUCUAUCUCUCUAAAGAUAUACAGAGGGAAAGGGUUUCACUCAAUCAUUUAGUCUCACUUUCUCUUUCCCCCUCUAUCUUUUCGUUUUUCUCUCUAUCUCUGUGUCUCUCUUUACCCUUUUUUCUAUCCUUUUCUUUCUUUGCACCACUCUUUUCCUUCUGUACUUGUCUUUAUUGCACACGAUCUUUUUCCCGCUCUUUUUUCUCUCUUUCUAUCAAUCUUUCUUGGUCUUUUUCUCUCUUUCUAUCAAUCUUUCCCCUCUUUUUUCUUUUCUCAAUCUUUCCCUCUUUUUCUCUUUCUAUCAAUCUUUCCCGCUCUUUUUCUCUCUUUCUAUCAAUCUUUCCCGCUCUUUUUCUCUCUUUCUAUCAAUCUUUCCCGCUCUUUUUUCUCUCUUUCUAUCAAUCUUUCCCGCUCUUUUUCUCUCUUUCUAUCAAUCUUUCCCGCUCUUUUUCUCUCUUUCUAUCAAUCUUUCCCGCUCUUUUUUCUCUCUUUCUAUCAAUCUUUCCCACUCUUUUUCUCUUUCAUCCUAUAUCUCUAUAUUCUAUGCGUUUUUUUAAACAGAUAUUUGACGAAACGAGAAACACAGACAGCUAUUUUGUUUCUGCCAGUCUAUCUAUCUAUCUAUCUAUCUAUCUAUCUAUCUAUCUAUCUAUCUAUCUAUCUAAUUUUUUUAAAAUCUAUCUCUGUUUAAAUCUAUCUCAUUUUGUUUAUAUCUAUCUAUCUAUCUAUCUAUCUAUCUAUCUAUCUAUCUAUCUUAAUUCUGUUGAUAUCUAUCUAUCUAUCUAUCUAUAUAAUUCUGUUGAUAUCUAUCUAUCUAUCUAUCUAUCUAUCUAUCUAUCUAUCUAUUUCAGUCUGUUCAUAUCUAUCUAUCUAUCUAUCUAUCUAUCUAUCUAUGUUUAUUUGUUUCUUCCUGUCCUCGUAAGUUUUUUUCAACUCAUUUCAAUCAAUAUUCCUCAAAAUACCUAUCUAUUGAGAUAUACGCGUAUGUUGAUGAUCGCUGGCAGUUAUAUAAUAUCGAUUCGUUCAAUCUGA